CUACCUUAUAUGCAUAGCGCGCCAGGUCAUUCGAUUUACAGCAUGCCGAAUCCUUGGACUUGGAACCUUGCCGUGAUCUGGACAAGGAUUUCCAAGACACGGCCCGCUCUAUAUAUAUUCUAAUGGCUGCACCAGAAUUCGGGCAACCCAAUUACGACAAUUUCACGAAAAUCCUCACAUUACACGCCUCGCCGUUCCUGUAGAGUGUUACUUUUUUAUCAUUGCUUGCCAUUUUAGCACUCGUCCGGCUUUACUGCUCCGUCAUCUUUGCCCAAGACUAGAGUCUUGCUCUUCUGAUUUACAAGAUCUCGGACGUAAGGUCACGUCAUCGAAUAACCGGUAGUACAAGAGCUUUUCCCCGUCGCAUAAUUAUUUAGAGCCCUACGGAUCUCAGCCCGCGGUUCUACUCCAAUAAAUAACCAUUAUGGCACCUCACAGUCUGCUGGAUGGUCAUGAUGAUGGCCCAACCAGCAACGGUUCGCCGGAGAGCGGCCUCCGCGACCAACCGGGCCGACAACCAGCCAACGGCUUUACGGAUAAUAAGUCGCACCUAAAGAAAGCGUCGGUAGAAGAUGUACACGACCUUGUCUGCGUCGGAUUUGGACCAGCCAGCCUGUCAGUGGCAGUCGCCCUUCACGAUGCUAUCAACAGUGGCAAACUUCAUAGCACAAACACCGGCUCGACCCCAAAAGUUCUUUUCCUAGAGAAACAGCCAAAAUUCGCGUGGCACGCCGGAAUGCUCCUCCCUGGCGCAAAAAUGCAAAUAUCUUUCAUCAAAGACAUGGCGAGUUUGAGGGAUCCCACCUCCCACUUCACCUUCUUGAAUUAUCUUCAUCAGAACGGCCGUCUAGUCGAGUUCACAAAUUUGAACACGUUUUUACCGUCGAGAGUGGAAUAUGAAGACUACCUCCGUUGGUGCGCGAGCUUCUUCGAAGACGUCGUCCGCUAUAACAGCGAAGUGGUUUCCGUCUCGCCCGCCAAGGGAUCCGACUCUAACGGAUCGAUUUCUACUUUUACCAUCACGUCAAGAGAUCCAAAGAGCGGUGAAUUGUUUACUUACCAAGCUAAGAACGUCCUUCUAGCUAUCGGCGGACAACCGUCGAUACCGAAGUGCUUACCUUCAAAUCACCCUCGAGUCAUCCACUCAUCCCAAUAUGCGCACCUCGUACCGCAGAUCCUAAAUAAUCAAUCAUCGCCCUAUCGCGUAGCCGUCAUCGGAGCUGGACAGAGCGCCGCCGAAAUUUUCAACAACAUCCAAGUUCUCUACCCGAAUUCUCGGACAUCCUUGAUCAUGCGUUCCGAGUUCCUUAAACCUAGCGAUGAUUCACCAUUCGUAAAUUCAAUUUUCAAUCCCUCAUUUGUGAAUUCCCUUUUCCAAAGGUCUGCCGAGGAUAGAUAUUCGCUAUUGGAGGGAGCUCGGAGCACCAACUACGGAGUAGUGCGCCUGGAGCUUAUCGAACGCCUCUACGAAAAAAUGUACGAUCAAAGACGUGAACUUGGGAGCGACGAAACAAAAUGGCCGCAUCGAAUCAUGGGCGCAACAGACGUAGUCGGCUUGGAUAGCAAGGGUGAUCAGCUGAAGCUUACGGUUCGCCCUUUGACCUCGACGAAGACCGCUGCCCGUGACAGCACGCAGGAAGACGAAGUAUUAGACGUGGAUCUCGUCAUCGCAGCAACGGGAUACCAACGGCAGUCUCACCUGAGGAUGAUGGAAGACGUAGCCCAUCUACUACCUGAAGCUUCCGAGUCGAACGGGGCUAUUCCAAGCAAUGGAUUCGGACGAAAGUUUUCAGAAGCCAAGAUCAACGACCGGCCGGUAAGAGUAUCUCGCGACUACAGCGUGCAGUUUGCCCCCGGGAAAGUAGCGCCAGGGUCUGGCAUCUGGCUUCAAGGGUGCUGCGAGGGAACACACGGGCUGAGCGAUACGUUGCUUUCCGUCUUGGCUACCCGAUCUGGGGAGAUUGUUAGCUCUAUUUUUGGCGAGGGCAUUCAAAAUGGAGUCAAAUAGGUAAUUAAAUGUCUAGGUAUCGGUGGUGACAUUUUUCUUGGAAGAAACCAAUUGUUUUUCUACGCGAGUACAGAGGGAAGGAGGCGAGAAGUCAUAAAAGGUGUAGAGAUAUGUAUUUAGCCUUGCGCAUAUUAUGCAAGAGCGGAAAAAGUUUCAGGGAGAUAUACCCAUGAGGGUUGCGAAUGUUGACCAAAUCCUUAGAACAUAUAUAAGACGUACUCGGAAGCAUGAAUAAAUAACUCUUAAAUUCAUUUCAUAAUACAGACAGACGUUCCACCUUGCUAUUCAAAGCUAAUUCGUG